AUGAGCGUGCGCAAGGCACACAAUGCGGGUCGGAAUCAUUUGAGGAACGUGGUGGAAUACUAUCAACAGAUUGGACAGGAAAAGGCACAAUCCGUCAUUGACUCGAUCACGUCUUCAUAUGCCGCCGAGGGCCAAGCUGUCCCCAACCCUGCAAUGGUUCCUCCAGGCGCCUUUCCCCCUCCAUUCGGAUUCCCUGGUCGCCCCGGCCAACUCCCACCUCCACCAUUCGGCAUCCCUCCCCCCGGAGCUCCCAAUGGAGCCCCAGGCAUGCCCAUUCGUACGUCCACACCCUCCAUCAUCCCAGUUCUACACUCCCACUCUAAUACUGACACCCCCAACAGCACCACCCGGCGGUAG